CGCCGACCAGCCCAUCUUCCGCUCCGCCGCCGGGAUCGGUGCCCUAGUGGAGCAGGGUGUCAUCGCGCCGGCGCGCCCCUGCUGGGGCCCCGUCCUCAAGCGCGACCUUGCUGCCAGGCUGGACAUCGUUCGGCGCCUGCGCGCGGUGGGGCUGGUGGGGUUCAGGCUGGGCAUCCGCUCUCGCAUCGGGGCUUUCUUCGUCGCCAAGAAGGGCGGCGUGCUGCGGCUGGUGCUGGAUGGGCGCGAAGCGCUGCGUCGCGAGGGCCUCGACGACGACGACAUCGACCCCCGUGGUGCUGGCGUCGACUCGCGCGACGGCUUCUACCAGUUCGUCGACGACGAUCUCGCAGACUGGUUCGGGUUCGCCCCUGGCGCCGCAGCCGUGUUUGGCAACCCCGACGUCUACUUCCCUGACUCGCGCUCCUUCGGCAAGGUCGCCCCUGGCUGGUCGCUAUGGUUCUGCCAGCGCGUGACCGAGUCGGUGCAGCGGGAAGCCGUUCAGCGACUGGCAGGCUCGGCGUAUCCAUGCGCCACCACGGAGAACCAGCAUGCGCCGCUCUUCUCCGGGGGGCGGUCUCUGAACUCGCCCUGCAUUGACGGCGCCAGUGCCCUCGCCUUCUGUGCGGCCGAUGCCGGCGCCGCCCUCCAGGAGGUCUGUGCUGAGCUGGACCGCCGCCAACUUGCCUGCCGCGAGCGGGUCGAGCCUGAGUCCGUCGGCGUGAUCUUGGACGGGCAGAAGCGGAGGCUCAGGCACGCUGGCUCCAGGGCCUGGAAGCUCUACCUCGGGCUGCAGCAUCUUCUCGGCGUGCCGCGAGUCUCUCUCGGCUGGUUCGACGCCGAGCUGCUCGACGAGCUGCGGAUCGCCAAGGGCUUGAUCUCCAUGGCGGAGGUAGACCGGGGGGCGCCUUGGGCGCCUGUGGCAUACUGCAGCGACACCAGCAUGUUCGGCUACGCCGUCCACGAGGCCGCCCUCGCCGCCGACGAGCUGCUCGACGCGUUCAGCGUUCGUGAGCGCCGGCGGUUCGUGGACGCGGAGCCUGCUCCCCCGCCUGGCCUGGAGGGCCCGCCGCCGACGGCCAUGGGGGCUGGGGCUGAGGCGACCGCCGCCCUCCAUGCCAGCCUAGUGGGGGGCCCCGCCUUCGACUGCGCCGACGACUAUCUCGGGCCCGUGGCGGACCAGGUGCUGCGCCGCGACCGCUGGGCCCUCGCUGUCCGAGGGGCCUGGCGAUGCGCAGCCCCCAUCCACGUGAAGGAGGUUCGCGCCGAGCUGCUGGGCCUGAUCCGAGCCUCGCGCAAUGCGCGCAUGCACGGGCGCCAGGUGGGCAGCCUGGGCGACGACAUUGCCGCGCUCCCCAGCUUCGAGAAGGGGCGAGCUCGCGACUUCGACUUGCGACAGCUGCGCUGCUUCGCCGCGGCCCGCCAGAUCGCCGCCGACACCCAGCGGCGGCAGCGCUGCGUGCGGUCCGAGCGGAACCCGGCGGACUUCGACUCCAGGGCGGCGGAUCGCGGCGAGGUCGGGCCCUCGCGUCCGCAGUGGGGGGCUCCCAGCGCCCCGGCUGCCGUCGAGGCCAGCCUGGGGCCCCCGACGCCGGCGGCCCAUUUCCAGCCGGCCAGCGCCCCUGCCGCGGGCCCCGUGGGCAGCCUUCCGCUGCGCGAGGCCCGUGGGCGCUUGGCGCGCGUGGCCGGCCUCGGCGCCCGCAGGGUGGGCCCGCGGGGCCGCGCUGCAGCGCGGGCGAGCUGCCCGCCGGGGGCUCCCCAGCGGGAGUCGCGGGCGCCGCCCUCUAAUGAUUUUCCGUGCGCGCAUGCUGCCCAGCGGGGGCCUCGAGCCUCGGCAGAGGCCGCGGAGCUCAGCCCCGCAGCCGCCCAGGUCCUACGGCUGGCCCGACGUACCGUGGACCUCAUGGAGCUCUGCAUGGACUUCGGGGCCCCCUGGUCCCUCGAGGACCCCGCCCCCUCGCAGAUGUUCUCGUGGGGGCCCUCGGCAUCAUGUCUUGCGUCAACUUCGGCCGCCGAGAUUCUCAUUCAUUACUGCCAAUGCGGCUGCGAGAAUAAGAAGCCGACCCUCGUCAUUACCUAUCACCCCGACCUCGGCGUCGUCGGUCGUGCAUGCCCUGGUGCGCGCGGGCGCGAAAUCCGGGAGGGCGAGGUCUCAGUCGCGACCGCUGGUUCGGUUCAAAGCCAGUGGAAAACCGCGUUUGCCGGGGCCUAUCCGCCCUCGCUCUGUCGGGCGUGGGCCGUGGCCCUGGGGGCCAUCGCGCCCUCCCGGGCCUGGCGCCGACGUGGGGCUGCAGCGCUCUCCGACCACUGGGGGGCUCAGCUGGCGGCCGCUGCCGGCCUCGGCGAGGACUGUCUCGUCCGGCCCUGGCUGGCCCUGGCCUCGCUGUCCGCGCGGCGCAACUGCGCCGCGCCCGAGGUCUUCGGCGCCUGGCGACGCCAGCGGGCCGCAGACCUCAUUCGACCGUAUCUUCAGACAAGGCGGGCCAAGCCGAUCACCCUGUGCCGCCGCCAGGACUCGUGCGCCAAGUUCAAGAGGUGGGCUCAGGGGCGAAGCCGCUCCCUCGCCAACCGCAGCCAGGUGGGCAACGCCAUGGGGGACUACCUGGACGAGCUGUACUUCGCGGGCAAGGCCGCGGCCGUGGGCCGCUACGCCGUGCGCGGGGCGAUCCACUGCAUGCGGCUGCCGCGGCGGACGCCAGCCGCGCUCCCGAAGAGCCGCGACGCUCUUGCGGGCUGGUGCCAGGCGGGCCCCGAGCGGGCCCGCGACCCGCUGCCGCGGGAGGCCGCCGUUCUGCUGGCGGACCGCGUGGCCCAGCAGGGGCCCAGCGGCCUCGCGGCCGCAGGAGCGCUCGUGGCUGGCUUCGAUGGGUACUUGCGGCCGUCCAACGUGCUGAAGCUCACCUCCGGAGACGUCCACAUCGCCGCGGCAGUGGUGGGCAGGGCGUGCCCGCGUGUGACGGCCGCCGUCGCUCCCCUCAGCGUGGGCGAUGGGGGCGAGCCUCGUGCGAGGCUCAAAAACAACGACCACGACAUGACUCUAGUCUUCGGGGACCAGGCCAGCUUCAAGAGCGGCCGAGCCUUCGCGUCAGAGCUGCUGGCGGAGCUCAAG